CGGCAGCCCUGCUGAAGACUUCAUCUGCUCCUCCUUCUCCUCCUCGUCCCCGCCUCGUCCGUUUGGGAUUGAUAGUGGCCGCCAUGGAGAUAUCGGUAGGGCUCGAAUGCAUUGAAUCGGUCAAUGCAAGGCUUGUGGUCUACCCACAGGCGGCCCAGAAUCAAUCUGAACUCUCCAGCUGUGUCUACACCCGUAGCUACUCCAGUUGUUGAAGAGCCAACGCCUGCAACACCCGCCCCCGAUGCUGUAAAUGCGGAAGCAUCGACCUCAACGGUACCAGUCCAACCCGCGGACGUAGAAGCAACCUCGACAUCUGAACCCCGUCCUCCAGUAUCGAAUGGCAAACGACGGUCACGAGCCGGGCGGACUGGCGAGGAGAGCAACAAGAGGGUCAAGCUCUCGUCGCAGACGGGAGGAAGCAUAGCGAAGGACUACUCUCCACCCACUACACGAUUGGCGGACCUGGGCGGAGUGGACGCAUGCAUUGAGAAGAUGCUCGAGCUCGUCGCCAUGCCUCUCUGCCACCCCGAGAUCUACCUCCACACCGGUGUGCAGCCUCCGAGGGGUGUGUUGCUGCAUGGUCCACCAGGGUGCGGAAAGACGCUCUUGGCGCAUGCCAUUGCUGGGGAGCUUGGCGUACCCUUCAUCAGCAUAUCCGCUCCCUCUGUUGUCUCGGGAAUGUCAGGCGAGUCCGAAAAGACGCUGCGCGACACCUUCGAAGAGGCGAAGAGGGUCGCACCAUGUCUUCUCUUCAUCGACGAGAUUGACGCCAUUACGCCCAAACGCGAGAGCGCGCAACGCGAGAUGGAAAGACGGAUAGUCGCUCAGUUUCUGACGUGCAUGGAUGAUAUGUCCUGGGAUAAGACGGAUGGCAAACCUAUUAUUGUAAUCGGUGCGACCAACCGGCCAGACUCGCUGGAUGCCGCUCUCCGCAGAGCGGGCCGCUUUGACCAUGAGAUCAGCAUGGGUGUACCAGACGACGAAGCGCGAGCGCAAAUUCUGCGUGUUCUAUGCUCAAAGUUAAGGCUUGAAGGCGACUUCGAUUAUCUUGCGCUUGCAAAGGCGACCCCGGGCUAUGUCGGCGCAGACCUGACAGCGCUUACCGGGGCCGCUGGCAUCGUAUCUGUGAAGCGCAUCUUCCAGCAGAUUUCGGACGGGACACUGGUGCUCCCGGAAGACAUACAGCAGCAGCUCGCGUCCAUAGACGGAGACGUCACAAUGCAAGUAGACGUGCCUGCUGCUGAGGUCGAGCCCCAGGCUCUCACCGCCCAAGGCAAACCCAUUCCCUUCGCGAACAUCGAGCUUUCGACGCCCGCCGCCUCCUCCAUCCUGGACUUCCUCCGCGCGCACCCCUUCCCCCUAACUCCUGCCCAGCUCUCCCCGCUCUGCAUCACCUCCGCGGACUUCCACGCCGCGCUGAAGCAUGUGCAGCCGUCGGCGAAACGUGAGGGUUUCGCGACCGUCCCGGACGUGACCUGGGCCGACGUUGGCGCGCUGCACGCGACGCGCGAGGAGCUGCACAUGGCGAUCGUACAGCCGAUCAGACGGCCUGAGCUGUUCAGGAGCGUCGGCGUGGAGCAGGCGUGCGGCGUGCUGUUGUGGGGCCCGCCGGGGUGCGGGAAGACCCUCCUAGCGAAGGCAGUUGCGAACGAGAGCAGGGCGAACUUCAUCAGCGUGAAGGGUCCGGAGCUGUUGAACAAGUACGUCGGCGAGAGCGAGCGCGCGGUGCGCCAAGUCUUCUCGCGCGCGCGUGCGUCCGCGCCGUGCGUGAUCUUCUUCGACGAGCUCGAUGCGCUCGUGCCGCGGCGGGACGACGCGCUCUCCGAGUCGUCUGCGCGCGUCGUGAACACGCUCCUCACCGAGCUCGACGGCCUCGACGCGCGCCGCGCCGUGUACGUUAUCGCAGCCACUAACCGCCCCGACAUGAUCGACCCCGCGAUGUGCCGCCCCGGCCGGCUCGACAAGCUUCUGUACGUCGACCUGCCCAGCGCAGAGGAGCGCGGUGAGAUUGUCAGGACGCUUGUGCGGAAGGUGCCGCUUGGAGACGAGGCGGAGAGGGCGGAGGUGGAGAGGAUGGUGAGGGAGAGGGAGAGGGGUACAGCGGGGCGGACCUGGCAGCGGUUGUAA